UUAGAUUAAUCGCCCGAGGGAAAGAGAGAGAGAGAGAGAGUCGGCUAAAGAACACGCGUGCACGCACGUGUCAACAUUUCGUCAAAUUUUGAUAAAACGUAAAACAUACACCAGAGGGAACACUCUUACCGGUCUAAUGAAUCAAUAUGAAGAGAAAUUUUAACUGUGUGAUAUAAAGCUGUGGUAUGUAUAGGCCUAUUGUCUGAGCAAAUGAGCCUACAAAUGAUCAGAACCAGAAUCGUGUUUAUUGGCCAUGUUUGUACACACAUGGAAUUUGACUCUGGUUUCGUGACUCUUUCAGUGUACUUAACACAGAAUAACAACACGACAACACAAUCUUCAGAUAUAUACACAAGGAUUGACUACAUACAGGCAAAAUAAGAGGCGAUAAGGUGAAAUGGUGCAGAGACUAUAUCAGAGAUGCUGAAAUAGAUUUUAGCCAGUUACUGACAAACAUGCCAGAGGUAGAUGGACAUGAUAGAGCGUACCAGUAUACGUACACUGUACAGUACAGUAUAUACAAAUGGUUGGAUUUAUUAUUAUGAUGGCUUCGUUGAAUCAAAUACAUCCUGAAUUGGUCCAGCUGGAUGUCACACUCAUCCUCAUAGUAUGACAUGACAAUAUAAGAACAGCCAUUUAACCUAUUAUAUGUUUUCUGAGGUUAUUAUUAUUAUUCACCAGGAUAUCUAUAUUCAGACUAUCUAUCACGUCUAUCAAAUCAUCAAGGCCCUACAGUCCUUUGCUCAACCUGAGUGAGUAGGGUGUGUCGCAAAUAUCAUUCGUGGUUAUCUUCUCAAAAAUCACAUCCUAACAAUAAUACUGCAAUUUCACUAGUUCACCAACCUAGCUCGGAUAGAAACUUCACCCUUUUCAUCCGCUCCCAAACAAUCACAUUGUCGUGCUACAUCUAUGACUGAGGGUUGCUGUUAAUCAUAACUCUAACCACAACCCUAACUUUAACCCAUACUCAUCGUUAAACAAAAUCGUGACUUUAAUAUCUCCCGUAUCGUGUGCAGUGUAUUAUUUGCUUAUAGCUUUUGCUCAUUGUACGCACAGACGUAAUGUGACGUUCAGCGCAACGGCAGGUUUGCCCAAGAUUUCAUUGGUUGAGAGGAGGAAAGAGGCGGGGUUCAUGGGUGAAAACCGGAAGUUGUAGUUGCGUGACUGCUGUUGUUGACAAGGCACAAGCAGAUACCAGUGUCAGCUACUAGGCCUUAUAGUUUAUUGACGAGUGUAUAACCGGUGCCAGUUAGCUAAUCGUGUUAGUUGUUAGUCGUGUUAGUCAGUUCCUACUCUCCCGUUGGGUAUCUAGUUGCUGUUUACGUUUACCUCACGUUGGGGACUUAGCAAGCUAGUUAUCUAAGGGUGUUAGCAGUUAGCUAAGGAAGUGGAUGGCCAUGUUUGUUGAAUUUAGCCAUCGCAGUUGAGUGUCAAGUCAGACUUAGCAGACCCACUUUUAUUAUAAGCUGGUGCACAUAACCACUGAAAACCCCUGAGAUGUCUGUAGAGCUUGAUGUCUUCGUGGGCAAUACCACCAUUAUGGAUGAGGAAGUUUAUCAGCUGUGGCUGGAUGGCUACACAGUGAAUGAUGCUGUGAAGGUACGCAUGGAGGGUGGGGUGUUGGAAGAGUUCGAGGCGAGUUCAGAUGUUCUACUGAGUGACACCAUGGAUCAGUAUAGAACCUUCCAGAUGUGUGAACGUCUUCUGUACAUCCCAGCCAAGCUAGCCAAUCAGCUUCUGUUCCAGAUUCCUCCUCAUCGACAAGCCAUGCUCAUAGAGAGAUACUAUGCAUUUGAUGAUGUGUUUGUCCGGGAGGUCUUGGGAAAGAAACUCUCAAAAGGAACCAAGAAAGACCUGGAUGAUGUCAGCGCAAAGACUGGAGUAACGCUUAAAAGCUGUAGACGACAGUUUGACAACUUCAAGCGUGUUUUCAAAGUUGUGGAAGAACUGAAAGGACCCCUGGCGGAGAACAUUCGUCAACAUUUUCUUUUGUCUGACAAGCUAGCAAGGGAUUAUGCUGCCAUUGUUUUCUUCGCCAACAACCGCUUUGAGACGGGCAAAAGAAAACUCCAGUAUCUCACAUUCCAGGACUUUGCCUUCUGUGCUGGUCAACUCAUCAACCACUGGACAGUUGGGGCUGUUGAUAAUAUGGUGGAAGAUAUGGAUGUAGAUCUUGACAAAGAAUUUUUACAAGAGCUGAAAGAACUGAAGAUUUUAAUCACUGAUAAGGAUCUACUGGAUCAGCACAAAAGUCUGGUUUGCACGGCCCUCAGAGGAAAGACGAAAGCCUUUAAUGAGAUGGAGGCUAAUUUCAAGAAUCUUUCCAGGGGUCUUGUCAACAUUGCAGCAAAGCUAACCAACACAAAAGAUGUCCGAGAUUUCUUCAUUGAUCUGGUGGAGAAGUUUAUCGAGCCCUGCCGUUCAGACCGAUGGACAGCUGCAGACAUGAGACUCUACCUCACUCACUACACCAACUCUGCUCACAUACUCGACACAUUCAAACACCAGGUUGUUUGGGACAGAUACAUGGGCGUGGUGAAAAGUUGUAUCUUCAAAAUGUACCAUGACUGAAAUGUUCCUUUUUUACCCCUCACGCCUCUUUAUCUCCUACUUGGCUCUGUUCACUUCCGACCUAUUGCCCCGCCAAAGCUUUUAUCACAGUCAUCGGUUUGUGCUUUGUCUGCCCUUCAUUCCAACGCUGAUGAUGAAGUCUGCCUCUCACCAUCUCUUAACCCCCCAUGUGACUCAGCUCCCCUGCAGAAUCUGUAUAUUUAUGUGUAAAUAAAAUUGACCUAUUUGAAU